CCGUGCGCCGCGGGGCAGGCCGGGAAUGCUCAGAGCCGCCGGUGGCGGCGGCGGCGGCGCGGUCCCGCCGCCGCUAUGAACGAGGCGGUGGUGCGUCGGACGCAGGAGUCCUUGGGCCGAGUGAUCCGCAAGCCGCCGCUGACGGACCGGCUGCUGAGUAAGCCGCCCUUCCGCUACCUGCACGACGUGAUCACCGAGGUAAUUAGAGUGACAGGUUUUAUGAAAGGACUUUACACGGAUUUUGAAUUGAAAUCAGAUAAUGUUAAGGAUAAAGAUGCCAAAAUCAGCUUCCUUCAGAAGGCAAUUGAUGCUGUUGUAAUGGUAACAGGAGAGCCGCUGUCAGUAAAACCAGCACGUGUCGUGGCUGGACAUGAACCUGAAAAAACCAAUGAAUUUCUUCAAGCAAUUGGGAAGUGCUGCUUAAAUAAGCUGUCCAGUGAUGUUGCUGUAAAAAGGAUCUUAGCUGGGGAAAAGGCUGAUGUUAAAGGGAAGCCUCCAUCCUCUAAAUCUCGAGAUAAAGAAAGCAGAGAAGCCAAACCAGAGGAACAAAAAAGCCAUAGAGAUAAAGAGGGUAGAGGAGAAACUGAAAUUAAAGACAGAAGCUCAAGCAGAGACAGAAAACCCAAAGGAGAUUUGAACAAGAGUGAAGAAAGAGAAAAGGAAAGUGAUAAACAGAAGAAUAAUGAAGACAGGCACAGAGACCCUGAAAGAGACACCUUUAAGGAAGGAGAAAAACAAGAAAGGGAAAGAAACAAAAGCAGAACAACCAAGCAAGGAAAAGAAACAGAAAAAAAUAAGGGAAACGGAGACGUAGAACGAGAAGAUGAUCUCAGGCAUGAUAAAGGACAGGAAAGAGAGAAAAAAAAUGAAGGAGGAAGAGAAAAAGACAGACUGAAAGGAAGAGACAAAGAUAAGGCUAGGGACAGAGACCGAGAGAAAGACAGAGAUAGAGGAAAAGAUCGGGAAAGGGAUAGACAAAGGGACAGAGAAAAAGAUGGGGAGCAUUUAAAAGAACAUGGAAAGGAUAAAGCAGAGAGAAAGUCUGCAGAUUCUGAGGAAUCCACACUUAGGAAAAUGCAGAGGCCAACUAAAGACAGCAAGUGCCAGCCGGAUAAUGAGAGUGAAAGUCCUGCAGGAAUAUCAAGGCAGCCUUCAACAAAAGGAUCAAGGCAACGCGCCAGACCCGGAGGAGAAGGAACCGUGGAAACAAAGAGCAUGGCAGAUAGGAUUUCGGAGGACAAUGUUGCUAAACUGCAAGAGAAGGCUGAAUCAGGACUUGCAGUAAAACAGAAAGAAGGAGAAGCAGAGAAUGUGGCUCCUGAAAAGCCUGCAGUAUCUGAAAAUGGUGAAGUACCUAAUGAUCUUCCACCUCAGCCCAUCCAAAGGCGUAUUCCCCGUCCUAGCAGUGCAAGACCAGCACCACCCCGAGUAAAACGUCAGGAAAGCGCAGAGGUCUUACUUCCGGAAAGGAGCGGUGGUGGUAAAGCAGUCUCAAAUGUGAUUGUAGACCAGCAGAAUUCUGAUGAUGAUGACCAGUUUGUGGUGGAGGCAGCACUGCCACUGCCAGAAAUGCCAGAGAUGGAAGCGGAGCCAGAAGUGGAGCUGCUUGAGGAUGAAAAGCAUGGUGGGCUUGUAAAAAAAAUCCUAGAAACAAAGAAAGAUUAUGAGGCAUCACAGAAAUCAUCAAAGAUGACAGAGAGGGAGAAGCCCUUUGUGUCGGAGGCAGCUAGGAAGAAAGAGCGAGACUUGGUAGCCAAAGAAAUUGAGAAGUUUCAGGUCUCUAUCCAGACUCUGUGCCGGAGUGCCCUUACGCUUGGCAGGAUCAUGGAUUACAUUCAGGAAGACAUGGAUGCCAUGAAGAAUGAGUUGCAGAUGUGGCGGCAGGAGAACAGACAGCAUGCAGAAGCUCUACAGAAAGAGCAAAGUAUCACGGACAGUGCUGUAGAACCAUUAAAAGCGGAUCUGGCUGAACUGGAACAGUUGAUUAAAGACCAGCAAGACAAGAUCUGUGCUGUAAAAGCUAAUAUUUUAAAGAACGAAGAAAAAAUCCGGAGGAUGGUUCUUAACAUAAACCUGUCUUCGAGAAGGUGAAGAAGAGGAAUUAAAAAGAAAAAGCCUUGGGACUGACUGACAUUCCUACCAAAAAAAUAAACAAAAUAGCAGAGAAAAACUAAGAUAUGCCUUGUUUAGAUAUAAAAUGUUUAGGCACCAGAAGCCUAAAAAUUGUAUAAAAUCCCAUUAUUGCGUUGAUCUAUAGAUGUUGAUAUGAUCCGGGAUAAAAUUAUAUUCAUUUGAAUGCUCAGGUUGCAGAGCUAUUAAAAUAACUUGUUUAUUUAGAUGUGAACUGCUGUUACUCACCAGGUCUUCACAGCCUUCUUUCCCUCCCAGGCCUGUUGAGCACAGUUUCUGAGCCAGUUCUCUUUGCAUCUCCUUCUCAUUUCCACUGAGGUUACUUUUGAACGCGUUGUCAUGAAAAAUGGGUAUUGGAUACUUGUUUGCCCCCUUAAAAAAAUGUUCCAAACUUCUGCAGGUCAGAAGGUUCCUGAAUCCCGUUCGUUAUUAACAGGGAAAAUUAUCUACAAAACAAUGGCACAAGAUCAAGAAGUAAAGCCUUGUCUAACUUGCGGUUCCUUGCACCAUUACAGAGAUGAUGUCAUGUUUUCAGAGCUAUCAGGAAUCUUAUUAGGAACAACUGAAAGUGCACUACGAGCAUCACCAUGUAAGGGAGCAGAAGUAUUUUAUCUGCACAGGUGUUAAUUCCAUUUUUAUUGCAUAUGUUCAUUUGGAAAGGAUUAGCUUAAGUACCUGUUUCCUCCCAAAUGCGUGUUCCUGUAACUUUUUGUACAUGAAUAAUUCCACUGAUUUUUUUUUUAGUUAACUGCAGAUGUCUGUACUGUUUUCCUAAUGACCUCUUGAGUGUACUGCACAUUAGAGUCCAGCUUCACUUAUUCCUAAAUCUGCAAAGAGUAUUAGCAUAGACACAACUGUGUGACACUGCAUUGAGCGCAGAAGGCUUUAGUCCCCCGCAAGGCUCUUCUCUCAAGAUUUUUAUAACGCACGAGCACAUCUUCUCCUCCCAUGCUGUUUGGAUUGUGUGUGAAGUCCUGGUGUCCUUUUUUUUCCUUCUUUGAUUGGCAAAUCUGUAGGGUUUUUAUUUCUUGGUUUCUUUUUCUGGUAUCUGGACCUUGAAA